UAUGGCUGUCCUCAAAGUAAAAUUCACCAAAACUAAGAGGGACAAAUUGGCUCAGAUCUUAUGGAUCCUCAACUGGGUUUCUGUAGUGAGCGGGAUCAUUCUCUUCAGUCUUGGCCUCUUUCUGAAAAUAGAGAUCAAGAAGCGCAACGAAGUGAUGGCAAAAGGGGAUGUUAACUCUGUCCCCAACAUGCUGAUCUCUGUAGGGGUCAUAGCAUGUAUCAUCAACUUCCUGGGUGGCAAAAUCUGCUAUGACUGCUCAGAUACCAACAAGUUCUCUCGAUGGAAACUAGUUAUGCUCCCUUACAUCGUGUGCACCUUCUGUUUUACCUUCUGCAUCCUGGUGGGUGCUCUCAUGUGCUAUACCAUGAGGAACGAGCUGGAAGAGUCUCUCUAUCUGGGACUGAGGGAUGCUAUUAAGUUCUAUAAGGACACAGACAUACCUGGACGAUGUUUCUUAAAGAAAACAGUGGAUAUGUUACAAAUUGGUUUCCAGUGCUGUGGAAACAAUGGCUUUAGAGACUGGUUUGAAAUUCAGUGGGUAUCUCAUCGUUACCUGAAUAUGGCUUCCAAGGAAGUUCUGGACCGCCUGAAGAGCAACGUUGAUGGGAAGUUCUUGGUGGAUGGAGUACCCUUCAGCUGCUGCAACCCAAGCUCCCCACGGCCCUGUAUCCAGUACCAGCUGACUAACAACAGCGCUCACUACAACUACGACUUUCUGACAGAGGAGCUCAAUAUCUGGGUGACGGGGUGCAGAGAGGCCCUGCUGGAGUACUACACGGUCAUUAUGAGAUCCAUUGGUAUUACAGCACUACUUAUUUGGUUGUUUGAGCUCUCUGUCCUUAUUGGUGUCCGGUACCUACAAACAGCAAUGAGGAAUGUCCUCCUGCUAGGAGAUUUGGAGGGUGAGUCAGAUGGUUGGUUACUAGAAAACAGCUUUGUGGAAACUGCCAAAUACAACAUCAAUAUCAUCAAGAACCUCGGCAAAGCCAACCAGAUCUCCACUGUCUCAGGCAUGAACGACCCCAACAUCAAUGUUCAAAACACAAACUGUGACAAAACCAAUGUUACAACAAAACCUAUCCCAGCAGCUAGCUAGGCAAGUCUUCAAAGGAACAACAUCGCAAGUGUAGCUUUGACAUAUCUGACGUAAUGUCACUGACCAGGAUGCCCUGUGUCUGUAAUUCAUUGAUCGUGGUACACGGGAAAAACAUACUGAUACAGAAUAGAGGAUAAGAGACCAAUAUUUUACUUGUUACUGUUGUGAAUAAUACAUUGCCUGAAUAUCAUUUUGGACAGCCUGCGUAUAAUCAAAUA